AUGACGACAGACUCGCCAUCCGCAGGGCCCUCAACGACCCUAGGUCGCAAGGCUUUGAAAGCGCAUAUUCAAUACGACUUUGUCCAAGCGAACCAAGAGUAUUCCGAAAAUGGCACUGCAGAUGCCCAGCAAUUAACCUCAGGUCCUCGAUCGAGAACAGCCAUCAUUACCUGUGUUGAUUCACGGUCCAGUCCAGAGCACUUUUACCAAUUGAAGGAGAAUGAUGCAAUUGUUAUUCGCAACGGCGGGGGCAGAACGAAUGACCCCGGGGCAAUUCGAUCUCUUGCUAUUAUACAAGCUACCAGCGAACUGAAAGAGAUCAAAGUCGUACAUCAUGCCAAUUGUGGCUCUCUGUUCUAUACGGACAAGUGGACGAAGGACAUGGUGACGGAGAACGAUGUUCGGGCUCCUGCCGGGCCGUACAGGGACGGGUGUGGUUGCUGGGUGCAAGCUAUUUCUUUCUUGCCUUUUUGUCGAAAGGAUGACGAAGCGUCCGAUGAUGAAAUUGUGAAAAACAGCGUUAAAGGUGACGUAGAAUAUCUACGGAACCAUCCGCUUAUUAAACCGUCUGUGUUGGUUACAGGGUGGUUUUACAAUCUGGCAACGGGCAUAGUGGAACCAGUUGAGUGUUGA